AUGGACAAAUCAUGGAUGCAUGCUGAUAGGAGGUCGCGAGCUUUUGAGUUAGGGGUUGAAGAAUUGAUUAUGUUUGCAUUAGAGAGUGGUUGUGAUGUCAAUAAGGUUUGCUGUCCUUGUAUGAAAUGUGGUCAUGGUAAAUCUUGGAAGGCUAAGGUAGUAAGGGAUCAUUUGGUUGAGUUUGGUAUUGAUAAAACUUACACAAAAUGGAUAUGGCAUGGGGAACUCUCGUCAAAUGAGAGUAGUGAACCCGAAGGGAGUUCUGAAACUGUAGAAAUGGCAGGUAAUGACACUGUGGGGGGGUCUGAUGAUCAUGAGUUUUCAGUAGACUCCGAUGAGUUUUUAAGGUUUGUUGAGGAUGGCGACAAACCUCUUUACCCUGGCUGUACGCGUUUUACCAAGUUAAAUGGACUUGUUAAAACUUGUAACCUGAAAGCAAAGCAUGGGUUGAGUGAUGCUUGCUAUUCUGACAUGUUGAUAUUGAUUGGAAUAUUGCUUCCAGAAGGUAAUGAAGUACCAAGUUCUUUUUAUGAGGCCAAAAAGAGUUUGUGUGCGUUGGGAAUGAAUUAUGAAAAGAUACAUGCGUGUCCUAACGACUGUAUCUUAUACAGGGAUAGUAAUGUUGAUGCCACUACCUGCCCUACUUGUGGUCUCUCUAGGUGGAAGUUGGGAAAGAAUAAAAUAGAAAAAGUCGAGGUUCCGGGGAAAGUGUUGUGGUAUUUUCCACCUAUACCUAGAUUCAGAAAGAUGUUUCAGUCGACUAGUACAGCUAAAAGCUUGACAUGGCAUGCUGAUGAGCGACUGAAGGAUGAUAAAAUGAGGCAUCCGGCUGACUCCCCUACUUGGAAGUUAGUGGACGACAAGUGGCCUGCUUUUAGUUCAGAGCCUAGGAAUCUAAGGCUAGCGCUGUCGUCUGAUGGUUUCAAUCCCCACAGUUCCCUUUCUAGUAGAUAUUCUUGUUGGCCUGUCAUACUAGUGACCUACAAUCUUCCCCCAUGGCUCUGCAUGAAGAGGAAGUACAUGAUGCUCACCUUGUUAAUCUCUGGACCUAAACAGCCUGGAAAUGACAUUGAUGUCUAUCUCCAGCCCUUGAUAGAUGAUUUGAAGAUUUUGUGGGAUGGGGUUGAAGGGGUAUAUGAUGGUUAUAGAAAAAAGUACUUCAAACUUAAAGCAAUGCUCUUUUGGACCAUUAACGACUUCCCUGCAUAUGGGAAUUUGUCAGGCAGCAUUGUGAAAGGGUACAAUGCGUGUCCUGUUUGUUUAGAGCAUACCAAACCUCAUAGGCUGGCUCAUGGUCAAAAGAUGUCGUAUAUGCGGCAUCGGAGAUUCUUACCACGUUACCAUCCUUAUCGAAAACAGGCAGCAGCUUUCGAUAACACUGAAGAACGUGAUCUCGCUCCUAUUCCAUUAAGUGGACAUGAGGUGUUGCAAAGAGUAGAAGGUAUGAACUGGCCUUUUGGUAAAAAGCACCCUUAUCCUCCAUAUAAGGGUGCUGAAGAUGAGAGUAGACCAUGUUGGAAGAAGAAAUCUGUUUUCUUCGAACUUGAGUACUGGAAGUUUCUUCCCGUUCGACAUAAUCUUGAUGUAAUGCACAUCGAGAAAAAUGUUUGUGAUGCAUUAAUCGGUACAUUGUUGAAUAUUCCUGGGAAAACCAAAGAUGGGGUGGCUGCUCGUUUAGAUAUGGUGGCAAUGGGUAUAAGGGCUGGUCUGAAGCCUAAAAUUGGGGGGAAAAAAGAGAAAUUACCUUUGGCAAGCUGGAAUCUCAUGCUAGAAGAAAAGAAAACAGUUUGCAAAUCUUUUUUUGGCAUGAAGCUUGCUGAUCGGUUAUGUUCUAAUGUGAAGAGUUUAGCAUGGAUGAUCUACGGCUUGUUGGCCAUAUGCAGUAAAGUCAUAGAUGUAGAGAAGCUAAAAAAAAUUCAAGCUGACCUUGUCGAAACAGUUUGUGAGCUUGAGAAAUUCUUCCCACCGUCCUUCUUCGAUAUCAUGAUUCAUCUUUCGAUCCAUCUUGUUAGAGAAGUUGAGCUAUGUGGCCCUAUUUUCUUUAGAUGGAUGUACCCCUUCGAAAGGUACAUGAAAACAUUGAAAGGAUAUGUUAGGAACCGUAACCAUCCAGAAGGUUGCAUUGCUGAAUCAUACAUCGCCGAAGAAGCAGUAGAGUUUUUGGCAGAACGCAAUCUAACUGAACCUACUGUUGGACUACCAUCUAGCAGUACAUCUAACAAUAAGGGGACGUCCAGACCUUUGUCAGGUGCCACAAUGAUCUGUCCAAAUCAAAAGAAGUUGCAGCUAGCACAUCUUUGUGUGUUGCAGAAUACGGAUGAAGCAAGGCCCUACUUUGAUGAACAUUUGGAAUGGUUGAAGCAUGUUUAUCCAAAUUUAAAAAAAAAUAAGAAGUGGCUAAAGGAGAAGCAGAAUAAAACAUUUGUGAAAUGGAUACAAGACAAGGUUGCUGCUGGGUGUAUUGAUGAUCAUAUUAAUGUUUCGGAACACUUAAGGUGGAUUGCUGAUGGCCCUAGUUCAGAAGUACCAACAUUCAGUGCUUACAAGAUAAAUGGGGUUAAUUUCAACACCAAGGAUCGUGAUGAUGUUCGAGCAGUUCAAUGCAGUGGUGUUUCAUUGUUCGCCAAUGCAAUGCUAGUCUCUAGUGCGAAGGAUAAAAACCCGGUUAAUGAUGAUACGACUUUUUAUGGAGUCGUUAAAGAUAUAUGGGAGUUAGACUAUCAUAGCUUUAGGGUUCCUGUAUUCUACUGUGAUUGGGUUGACAUUGAUAAGAGCAUUAAGAUAGAUGAUUUGGGUUAUACAUUAGUAAAUUUGAAUAGGGAUUACCAUGCAGGUGAUGAUGAGGAGGUUGGCGUCAUUGAACUUGAGAACGAGCUGUUUGAUACCACAAUGCCUCCGAUCGACACUACAGAUUUAGAUGGUGACCAAACUAGCAAUUAUAUGCGGGAUGGUGACGAAGGAAUAUGGAUUGACUGA